AUGGCUCGACUAUCAGAAAUAUCAACGAAUCCGGGAGAAUCGUCCGCAACCGGCACGCCGCGUACAGCACAAGAGCUUCAAAGAGAAGAACUACGGAGGCAAAGAGAAGAGAUUCGUCGGCAGUACCAAGAGCGACAAAGACAGCAACAGCAACAGUCCUCGGCCGCCGCCGCCGCCGCAUCAGGUCUUGGUAGCGGUAGUGGUAGAUUCCAAUCACCACAACAACAACCUCGAAGACCUGGUGGUGAAUCGCCCUUGAUUCCGACACCGGCGAUUCAAAGACAAUCGCCCGCUUUUAGACCCUCGCCACUUCAAAGACCAACCCCAUCGCCAAGAGUCCAGAGCACAAUCAGAAGAACAACUGAGACGGAAAGUUUGAGAGCAAAUGUUGUUGCUCAGUCGGCCUCAUCUGCCGAAAUCAGGAGACAAGUGACUGCAGAAGUUGCAACUGCAUCAACUACUUCAGCUACUACUGCUGCUGCUCGUGCCGGUGCGGCAGCCAUGGGACCACCACGACCUCCGGCUCGAACAAGGUCUCCUCAAGGCACAACCGGUCGGAAAACAUUACCUGGUACAUCCGCACAGCCGUCAGCGUCGAGACCGCAGGAACAACGAGCUCCAGCGAGCUCCAGAAGAACAGCUUCAACCGCAGCAGCAGCACCAACAACAGGAACAAGGACAACAGCGACAGCGCCACGUCGACCGCAACAACCACAACGCACACGCGCGGCACCUCGUGUGAAAAAGAGAUAUAGACCGGGCCAACUUGCACUUCGGGAAAUCCGCAACUACCAAAAAUCCACGUCGUUGUUAUUGAGAAAAUUGCCGUUUGCUCGUCUUGUGAGGGAAAUAUCGAUGGACUUUGUUGGACCCAAUUAUGGAUUGAGAUGGCAACUGAGUGCCAUCUUGGCUUUGCAAGAAUCUGCCGAAAGUUUUUUGGUUCAGUUACUUGAAGAUACAAACUUGUGUGCGUUGCAUGCCAAAAGAGUCACUAUCAUGCAGAAAGAUAUGCAAUUGGCUCGUCGAUUGAGGGGAAGGGACUGGGUUUAG